AUGGCCUCCAUAUCAAAGACCGUGUUUUCUUAUGUAGCUAAUAGUAGGACUCCUAGUGAGGCUUGGUUUGCACUAGAGAACUAUUUUGUGACAGAAUCUAAGGCUAGAAUAGUUAGUCUUCGAAAUACUCUUCAAACUAUGAAAAAAGGAAGUUUGAGUGUGCAUGAGUGUAUUCAAAGGAUAAAAGAUAUUUUUGAUGCCUUGGCUUUAAGUGGUCAAAAUAUUGUUGAAGAUGACUUGAUUAAUUACAUACUGGAGGGGCUAGGACCUGAAUUUGAACCUAUUCUCAUGCAUAUCAUGGCUAGGAUAAAUGCGUCAACUGAGAAAUUAAGUUUACGAGAUCUUAAACUGAUUUUACAGAAGUAUGAAGGGAGAUUGAGUAGAUUUCCUUGUGAGUUGAGCCACAGUACAACAAAUUUGAUGACAAAUAAGAGUUCACUGAGCGUUGGAGAAUUUGAUGAAAAUAGAAGCAUAAGGCCUGGGGUACCUGGUACAGGCUACUCAUAUCAAGGAAGUGGCAAGGGUAGGUUUGGAAAUAAGUCAAAAUUAUCUAGAACCAGUUUACAAGCCCUAGUGGCUAAUCCCAAUACAGUGGAAGAUAUAAGCUGGUAUAUGGAUUUGGGAGCCUCAGAUCAUGUCACUUCCAAAUUAGAGCAGUUAGUUAUGAAGGAGGACUACUCAAGCAGUCAACAACUUCAAGACAAGGACACCAAGCUGGUGCUGUUGCAAGGGAUACUUAAAAAUGGAUUGUACCAGUUCCAGUUCCUUUCUAUAGUUUCCAGAGCUGUUGGUUUUCAAACAAAUACAGUUUCUGAUAUUUCAUUGAGUUCUACAAUAAAUCUAAACAAACUUUCAGAUUUUCAAUCAAACAUUAUGUCUGAUUUUUCAUUGAAUCAUACAGUGAAUAUGGAUGAAUUUUCUGAUUUUAAGAGCUCUAAAAAUAGUGAUGGUGUUCCGUUGUUUACAAAUUCAGCUACUAAAGCUUCUCACAAUGCACAUGACACCAAUACAACUAACCCUCAACCCUUGCCCUCUAUAGAUCACAUGUACCCUCUUACCUUACCAUCUACAAAUCAUAAUCCUACCAUACCUUCCUCAAGCACUCAUACCACAGGUCAUCUAGAAGUUGCAUUCCUUAAGAGUUCAAAAUUUAUAGCUACUACUCCUAAACAUGUUUCCAUUCAUCCUAUGCUCACAAGAGCCAAGACAGGCCAUCUUCCAGCUCCUAGAACUUUCUCAUUCCUAUCUGAAUCAGUGCCUAAGGAACCUUUGUCAGUAUAUGAAGCUCUAAAUCACCCUAGCUGGUUUAAAACUAUGGAGGUGGAAUAUGAAGCAUUGGUUAAAAACCAGACAUGGGAAUUAGUUCCACCUACUAAUGCUCAGCGCCUAGUUAGUUAUAAGUGGGUUUACAAAACAAAAUUAAAUGUUGAUGGAUCCGUGCAAAAAUUAAAGGUUAGGUUGGUGGCUAAGGGGUUCCAACAGACUGUAGGGAUUGAUUAUCUAGAUACUUUUAGUCUUGUAGUUAAGGCAGUAACUAUUAGGAUAGACAUUAACAAUGCCUUUCUUAAUGGGGAUUUACAAGAUGAGGUAUACAUGAGUCAACCUCAAGGGUUUGUUGACAGUUCUAGACCGUAUUAUAUGUGUAAACUGAAGAAGGCACUGUAUGGACUAAAACAAGCUCUUAGGGCCGGGACUGCUGCUAUUCCUGGGCAGCUUGGACAUUGGCAGGAUUUCAUCCAAAUGGCUGCACUGCUGCACAGUCAGGAAAGGCAGAGUAGCAGGCAGACUGGUAGUGCUUGCUUCUUCCGAGAACUGAACAGACAGCUUUCUUGUGCAGACUUCAGCUCCAGAAAAAAAACAGCUCAAGAGGAAACACAGCAAAAAUAA